UGAAAGAUACCAAAACCUUCUCCACCAUUUAGAGCAAAGAACCCAAAAUCUUAAAACCUCCACGCCACGCCCUCGCCCUCGCCCUUCUCCUCUCCACCUGCAACCUCACCCCGGAGGGCAAGUCAAUCAGAUUCUUUUGCCGCCGAAUGUUGUCGGUCUUAGGAAGACCACCGCGCUCCUCCUCGUCCUCGUCCUCAUCCUCGUCCUCGUCCUCCUUCUAAUGACACCGAAAAAGUACGUAAUCGGCUCCCAGGGCAGGCGCACCCACCCCCUCAUCUGGUGUGCUGCCGUCAUUUGCGCAAUCCUAGCGAUCGCAGUCAUAACCGCUGGCAUCGUCGUCUUUGUCGGCUAUAUUAUCAUCCACCCUCGGGUCCCCGUCAUCUCCGUCCUCUCAGCGAGCCUCGACACUUUCCGGUACGAUGAGGCCGGCCUCCUCGUGACGCAGAUCACGAUUGAUAUUUUGGCUGAGAAUGCCAACGCGAAGGCCCAUGCAACCUUCCAGGACACUAGCUUUUUCCUGAUUUUUGGCGGGAUGGAGAUAGCGCAGCUCGUGGCACCCCCUUUCGACGUAAAAAAGAAUGGCUCCCAGGAUAUCCACUACGUGGUUGAGUCUAGCCCGAUACCACUGGAUCCAGAAAAGAUGGAGCUCGUGAACCUGUUCAUAAGACGGAACGACGUCGUGUUCGAACUGAAGGGGAAGUUCAGGGCGCAGUGGAGGGUCGGACUACUCGGUUCAGUUAAGUUUUGGUCUCACUUAAACUGUUGGCUCCAUUUCCAUCCCUGGAAUGGGACCUAUACCAACCCAAAGCGCUGCAGUUCUAAAGCUAAAUGACGCCCUUCUCCGCCACGCCCUCCGGCCAGAUUCUACCGGUCGAUCGGGUUUGUCUAGAUUUGGCACUUUAUUUCUUUCUACUCCAGAGCCAGCCCGAAUACGACAGGUGAAUGGGCCCCACAAGUCCAAUCACGCUGCUGGUGACUCUAGUAUAAAGGCCUGAUCUAGAUAACUCUUCGAAGACGCAAAGGUGGGGAUUUGAUUUUCUGACUUGCAGCGGGUAAAUGUUUCUCUCGUCAUAUUGAUUUUAGGUCUAGUUAGCUAAUUAAAGGAUAUAAAACUUUUUUCGGUGAAAUAAUGAGAUCGAAUCCCGUAUCCACGGAUUCCGAUGAGUACAACUCGAAAGAUCACAGUGUAGAAUUUAUCUGUUAAUCUGUCCAUCAGCCAAUGUUAUGGAUAUUCCGUGUUAUAACCUUA